AACAGAGCAGCCCGGCCCCAUGGCGGACGACGGGCGGGACUACGACUUGACCGAGGCGCAGCAGGGAGUCAAGGCCAAAUACCCGGCCAUCCAGAAGAAGUACGAAUAUCUGGAUCAUACGGCUGAUGUGCAGUUGCAUGCCUGGGGUGAUACCUUGGAAGAGGCAUUUGAACAAUGUGCUAUGGCCAUGUUUGGCUACAUGACAGACACGGAAACAGUUGAACCUCUUGACACAGUAGAAGUGGAAGCGGAAGGACAUGAUAUGCUCUCUCUUCUCUUUCAUUUCCUCGAUGAGUGGCUCUAUAAAUUCAGCGCUGAGGAGUUUUUCAUACCCAGAGAAGUGAAAGUGCUUCACAUCGACCCAAUACAUUUCAGGAUACGAUCUAUUGGGUGGGGAGAAGAGUUCUCUUUGCAGAAGCAUCCCCAGGGGACAGAAGUCAAAGCAAUCACGUAUUCAGCCAUGCAGGUCCUGGAAGAAGGAAAAGAAGUUUUUGUCAUAAUCGAUAUUUAAAGAAAGGUUAUUCUGCUGGACGCUUCCUCUGCAGCCGGCCCUUGGAGCCACAGGGAUAGUUUUCAGGAGGAACACAGAAGCCAGUCAGUCCAGAAACCCAAAAGCCAGGAGAAAGGAGCAUGCGACAGCCAUUGAGAAGAUAAUUUUUCAGUGAAAGCCAGAGAUGAAAUUGUUAGCUGUUUCAUGACAAAAUGGAAAUGAACUAGGAUCAAUUAUUUUCUUGUUUUAAUUUUGCUAUUUCCUGCACUUCCCCUUUGGAGAAUAUGUUGUUGAAUAUCCAUUUGCUUUAUGCACUAAUUGCAGCCAGUCAAUUACACUUAGUCACCCCCUCCCUUAUGUAGUCAUAAGAAACAUUGGAAGAUGUAGUUCUCCUGCAACCCUCCUGCAGUCACGCUCUCCGUGAUCAGGUGGCUGUGAAAGCACAGCUUAUAUCUUCUGCUCUCCUUGAUAAAUUCUUUCCUAGCCUCCAUGACUGCUUCCAGCGGUGUGGUGAGAUAGCAUCAGCACUGGUGCAAUUAUGGUUUGCACGGAUGAGAAGUUAUCAAGAGGAUCUGCUACUCACACUGUUGGAGAACGUAUGGCAUGGUUAAAACAAGUAGUCCACAGAUAUUGACGAGAACACAUAAGUUGCGUCAUACAGAUAGUUCUUGACUUAUGACAGUUCAAUUAACGACAGUUCAAAGUUAUGAUGGGCUCAGAAAGUCUUCACACUUAUGACCAUUAGUACAUGGUCAUGUAAUUGCAUGAUUGAGGUUUGCCAUCUUUCCAGCCAGUUUGUGGCAAGCGGUGUCAGUUGUGGAAGCUGGAUCUCUUAUCAAAUGCAGUGAUUGUAAAAUUGGGUCCAAUUAGUUGAUGAGUUGCUUUACAACCACACUAACGUAUUACAGAAAGUCCAACCCCAGUUGUGAUUGUCAAUCGAGGACUAUCGCUCAAAUGUCAACCAAAAUCAGAGCUAUGGUGGUCUUACUAAAGCUAAGAAAUGUCUUUGUAUAAAAUAAUACGUAAAGAAUGUAUAUUGCGUGCAUCCUCUGGUGGAGAACUGGGUUGUCAAGCAUGAGCUGAGUGUUUGAAGUCUCCCUGAAGCGACUCAGUAGUGUUGAGGUCAUGAGACUGACAGCCACUCCAGAACUCUUGCCCUUUUUGGGGAGGUCACUGUCAUGUUGGGAAGUCCAGGUGGUGCCCGUGUGCAGCUUUGGAGCUGAUGAAUGCAAAUUGUCAUCCUGUAUUUUCUGAUGAGAUGUUGUCUUCCUCUUGCCAUUGAUUUGGACUGCUGUCGAAUCUCCCCACCCCAAAGCAACAGAGACCCACCCCCAGGCUUCCUGGGAGAGUUGGGUCUGCGUCUCCACAGGCCUUGUGGAUUCCUCUGCAAGUGUUUAUGUCCAUUUGCGGCUAUAAUGUUCAAUUUUGGCCUCAUCGUCCCAGAUGAUUUUGUUCGGGAGGUUUCAAGGCUCCUCCAGAUGCCGUCUGGCAUAUUGCAAGUGAGCUGCUUUGGGCGUAGGUGCAUCGACGGCAACCCUGCCCAUGUCCCAUUUUUGUUCCAGGAGCUCCUUGCUCCUCCUGAAGCAGCCACACUGCGCGGCCUCUGAGAAGCCUGUGUGCCCAUGAAAGCCACUUCUGGGGUUUUCCUUCCAGCCCAGCAGAUCUUGCAGCAGUUUUGUCUGACAUCUUUCUUGGUCUACCCAGCUGGCUCAGUAUUAGCAGAGCCCCUCAUUCCCCACUUCUGGGUCAGAGUCUGAGCAGCACCGUUUGGCAUUUUCAAAUCUUUGGAUCUCUUUUUAGAUCCUUUUCCUGACUAUGAAGCAGAGUUGCCUCCUCACAAAUCCUUUCGCUUUCCCCCGGCUUCUCUUAAGCCACACAGUCCUGGAUUUAUUUUUUUUAAUGCAUGAGUGUUUCUUGGGACCAAAGAAACUCAUUGACUGCUGUUAAACGAGAAAGUUCUGGGUUCAAGUGUGACUUGAGUUAUGAAGGAGCACAUUGAACAACUGUUUGGAGUGGAGUAUGGUUUAUUAGGCUACUCUUGAAGUUGGCACAGGCAAAAGGGCAGUAAGGUUUCUAGUAAAGUCGUCCCAGUGUUUGAAAGGUGCAGACAGAGAGGUGGGAAUUUUGGUAGAAGGAAUGCCAUCCUUCCUUAUUCUUUAUCUAGGUCUUUGGUUGUCUGGUGUUGAGGGGAAAACAUCUUGUGUAUCCUGGGAGAUUGUCUUUCCUAUUAAGAAACCGGCACUUAUCAACUUCUUAAAGGGAAAGCAGCACUGCAUUUCAGCCUCCACCUCAAUCUAGCCUGAAGGGAUUGGGGGGGGGGGUGUUCUUCUGCAACCUUCAGCUUCUUUCUAAUGGUUGGUUAUUAGCUGGAGAGUCAGGAGAGAUGAUCUGCCUGUGGAAUGGGGGCUGGCAUGGAUGGUAUUUUCCCCCUUUUCCCCUCCUGUUAUGUUUCCACAAUACACUAAUUACACUGAAACAAGGCAUAGAUACUUGCCACUGACUAUCACGCCCAAAUAAUCAAGGGUAUGCAAACUUUUGAACAGGGCUGUUUUAUUAUUUCCUUUAUUGCUAUGGUUUAUUUAAUGAUUGCACUGAUAGUUUAUAUUUUAAUCACAUUACAAAUAAAUAUAUUUUAUUUGCUUCUU